AGCAGACGUGUAAAUACCUGGGCUCUGCAGCCCAGGAGCAGUGGCUGGGGGGCCCCGGACCAGCUGACGACUCAUUCUCGUUGUACGUGGAUCCUGUCCUCUGUCAGGACCUGCCACGCACUGCCCCGCCUCACUGAGUCAGUCAGCUGGUCCCUCUCCGGGUAGCCGGGAGCAGGGGAAGCUGAGACUGCCACGGGCAUUGUCUGGUCAUUCCUGGACACAGAAGAAGACUGAGAAGACGAAGUGGGUACCCCGACAGAGCAGAGUGCAGGAUGUUUGGGGAGCAAAGCGCCCAUGCUUGGGGAAGUUGGAGGUUUCAGCCUUUACGAUCAGGCGGAGCACCGGAGACAGAACGUGGGCCGUUUCAUCACGUUCAUUUUCCCUUAAAAUCCUUUGUGCAACCCAGGCAUGCUCCAAACUUGUCUCGCCCCAGCCUGAUGCCUUGAACUUGAGGCAAACAGGGUCACUUUGCCGUGUCAGGGUGAGGGGAUAGUGCCCUGCCUCUCUCUGGACCUGCGGGGGCCUUCAGACUCUUUUCUCAAGUCGCUGACACCAUCCGUCUGCACUCAGGGCAGGCCCCAAGGGGGGAAAUGCAUGAUCUCACAGCUAAGAGCCCACACUUGGCAAUCAAAGGCUCCCGGGGUUAUAUCUAAAUUCCUCCACUAAGUCCUCACUCUCUCUGAGCCUCAGUUUCCCCACCAGUCCAGUAAGAAUCCUGACCUCUGACAGGUCUGCAGUAAGGCUUAAAUGACAUAACGCAAUCUGGAGAAGGCAGCGGGGGGUAGAGGGGAGGCGCACAGGCUGUGGUGCCGGACUGUUUAAGCUCAGAUCCCGACUCUGUCUCUCACUCGCUGUGUGUCCUUGGGCGCGUUACUUAACCUCUCUGGGCCUCAGUUUUUCUGUCUGUAAAACAGAGACAAUGAUAGUUUCCACAUCUGUAGAGGAGGGGAUGAAUGACCUCCAGCUUGCAAAGUGCCAGGACAGCCCCUGGCGCAUUAGUGAGUACUCAGUGAGUGAGUCGUUGUGAUUGAUGCAUGCGAAGCCCUCAGUGCGGUGACAGUACAAGUUCAUUAAAUGGCCACUGUUAUCGUUACAAGGUGCACGUUCCACAGAGAGUGUUGGGCUCAUUCAUCCCCUGGAAAGCCAUGAGAACAUGAAGACGGCGGGGAGAAUCUCGUCCUCAGGUAACGUGACGGUCCUGGGGAGGGAACUCGCCGUCCUGCUGCCCGGGCGGGGUGCCCAGGGGCCCCUGUACCCCUGUACCCAGCCUCCCCUUCGCUUCCCAAGAGCCCUCAUUCAGCCAUCCCCUCUGGGAACAGAUGCUCACUAAGCACCCCCAAUGAGCCUAAAGGAGCACCCAAGAGAAGAAUAAGGUGACUGUGGCCCCUGCCACCCAGAGCUCACAGGGUAGUGGGGAGAGGUGCCACAUACACACACACACACACACACACACACGAGCGAUCAUCUGAGGACGGCUGCAGCUGGUGCUGUGAAGUCUGUGAUGAGAAGGGAGUGGGGCCCCGACCUGGUCUAGCCCUGGAGGUGUGCGGGGGGAGGAGGCAUUGGAAAGGCUGGCACGUCACCCAUGAAUAGGUGUCGGCAGGCGAAGCCCAGGAGUGGAGGAGGAAGUGACCCGGGCAGACAGGCACCGGGUGCCGCGGCCCUGCAGCCACGUGGUGACCGUCUCGCCGAGCGAACAGGAGGAGGGACAGUGGCACUGACGUGCUCCUAGACCAUCCACUCAGAAGCACUCGGCUGGGUGGUUGGAAUUUGGAGAGAAACCGAGGGACGCAGGAACGGGUUCUCAGUUGCGACUGUUGUCUCUUCCCUUUCAGACUCUCCUCGCCCGCUGGCAAAGACCGCCAAGCCUCCGACCCCGAGGCCCGGGGCCAAGGGCCGGCCGUUCUCAGCUUAGAUUCCCAGAGGCUGCAGCCGUGGACCAUUUUGCCCACGUGUGGGCUUGAGCCACACGUGAACCACGACAGGGACGCUGCCCUCUGCGGGCCUUCCGAUGCCUCCGACCUGUGCCGGUCACACCCCGCAGGGUUCUGCGAGGCUAUUUGGGAAGAUGAGUCUCCCUCACUGAAGAAAGGGGGCAGAGCACGAAAGCGAACUAUGGCUCCGAGGGAGGGAUCCGUGAUUGACAGAAAUGGGGAUGUGCCCUUCGGAGCACCAGGCAUCCUCAAAGAAGCCGGCCCCCAGGUCGUUGAUUUCUCUGCCGGUUUACAGGCCACGGAGAGGAGAUGUGUUUAAGGUUCCUGUAGUUUUGCCCUGGACGCGGGUGCUCCGGCGAAGGAAGCCGUCUGUUCCAGACGCGGCAGGUUUCUCUAGGAACCCACACGCCGGGAGCCUGGCGCUCCCCCCUAAGUGGUACUUUUGUUGUCUUUCCGUUUAAGACAGCAAGCUUUUCCCAGGCCCACAGCCGCCUGCCAGCCUCUCUUGAUAAACAGCCCACCAGCUCUCUUGGUAGAUUGGAUGUUUAAUAAUUAGCCUAACUCAUUGUUUAUCAAAGUGGCAAUUAUCACCACAAUGAAAUAAUAUUUUAACUGCAGGGGAAGCAUUACGGAUAGCUCCCAAGGAGACUCUACCGGCUGGGAAUGGCCACACGGCUUCUGACACUCAGCGGAAACGGCCACCCCGCCUCGGCUGGCGGGUCUCGGUGUCUGAGAUGCUCCCACCGGAUGCUGCCCCGAGGACCUAAGGACAUGUGCCCAAGAGAAGUGAGUGGUCUCAGCCCCUCCCACUGAGGCUCAAUGGCCCAGCAAAAUAUGAAAGUGCGGCCUGUGCUUCUGAAGCGGAACAGCCUGGAGUCGGUGGAGCUGGUGAAGCAGCCGCACCACCGCCGGAGCAAGUCUCAGCAGGUGCGCUUCAAGGACGAUGGGACCUGCAAGACGCCACCCGGCCCCCCCGAGGUGGAGGCCCACACUUCCGAAGACCCGGCUGCCAUGGGCAAGGCUCAAGCACCCAGACACCACCACCUCCCCGCCUACUCGCUCUCCUUCCCCAGGCCCCAGAAGGCGGGGGGCUCUCGGAACAUCGCCAUCCAAACCUCCCCCAGUCUCAGGAAGCACUUCCCAAUUUUCAAAAGGAAGAGGCUCACGGCCAGCAAGUCCCUGGUGGAAAUGCCCACGGCACCCCAAAGUGCCAUCCAGGUCAACGGCAACCUCUCCGAACAGGAUAUUGUGUCUUCUGAACUCGCCUACUUAAGGCUGGCUCAGCGUCUGGAGGAUGGGCCUCGAAGGGUCAAGGCGCCCCACCCGUUCCUCCCCAGGAUGGCCAAGGUGCAGAGCAACGGGCCCGUCAGCAUAUGCUUGGAGGCGGGGACUUGGAGAGCCUCGGAGAGCGCCGCCGCUGCCAUUCAGGUCCCGGAUGACAUGUACCACAGUCCUUCCUGGGCAGCGGGGGAGCCCGCUUUCGGCCAACACAGGUCUGCAGAGACGAGCAACUCCAUCCCCCCGGCGGCGGUGGACGUGCACGCGGGCGACGGGAGAAGAGCGCUCCCACCCGAUUCGGAACGAUCCCCCCCUUGCUCAAACGCCACCAGCGGUGCCCACCACGUGCCAGGCAUAGGGAAACUCAGACCCGAACUGCUUUUGCCCAAAGACAACUCCAGUGACAAGGACUUCGGCGCACUGUCAUCUCUGCCAAAGGACACGUGGGCUCCCUCGCCACCACGGACUCACAGCUGCCCCUCGCCAGGCCAGCCCACCCAUGGCCGGCCGGCCCACCCUGGAGGGGUGUCAGACUGUUCUUCACCGGGUGACCAUCAUCAGGAGCUGCCGUCACUCAAACCCAAUGAUGCACCAAAAUCUGCCCCUGCAUGUCCGGAGCAGACGGCGAGCACCCCCACCCCGUCGGACGCCCCGGAGCCUCGCCGUUGCCCAGGAAAUGAUCGCCUCCCGUCCCCCCUUCCGAGGAGGGAGACCAAACUUCAGAGCGGCAGGGAGGUUGGGGGCAUUAAUCAAAUCCACCUGGCGCGGGGCGAACUCUGCGACCUCCAAGGCAGGCUGCAAUCUGUGGAGGAAUCUCUGCACUCGAACCAAGAGAAAAUUAAAGUCCUUUUGAAUGUAAUUCAAGACUUGGAGAAGGCUCGGGCUCUCACAGAAGGGCGCAACUUUUACCGGACUGGCCAAGACCUCAACAACUGCAGGACCUGCCAGAACACGGCGUGCAUCAUAUACAGUGUGGAGUACGAUUUUCGGCAGCAGGAAGGCAGGUUCCACGAAGUCCUACAGAGCCUGGAGGAAGCGGAACCCCCUGAGGAGCCCUCCCCCCAACCAAAGUCCCCAGCGGAGCCCCCCGUCCCCGAGAGACAGGAUUUAAGGCGGAAAACCAAGAAGGUGAAGAAGAAAUGCUUCUGGUGGAUCUGAGCCUGUCGGGACCCUGCCUUGUUCCCCCUCAAGCACCCCCCCCCCCGCGGUGGGGAGGCCGCCGCCCUCGGGCCUGCUCCACUGCUUAGCAAAGGCCCCAGGCUGUGAGCCACUCAACCUGUGAAACGGGAAGGCCCCAGGGCUGGCUCGGCCGCUGCUGGACCCCUGCCCACCAGCCUCACCUGAGUGAGCGCCACUGCUUGCUGAGGACUUCACGGACCCUACAGUGACCACUUGCCUAGCUCCCCAUCACCAGGCCACCAGGCCAUGUCCUGGUGUGUGCAGUCUGGAUUCCCGCCAUGAGCAAAGCCCACGUAUCGACUUUCCAAAGCCUCCGUGAUGCUGAGCACCUCCUUCUCAUCCCUGGUCCAUCAUCCCGAAAGAAGAAAAA